UAGGAAGCUCGCGCUCGUCUCCGCGUCCGAGCCUGCCGUUCAGGUCAGUUCGCCGCCAUUUGCGCUGCUCGGAGCGGCAGAUCUGCUCGUACUCCCGCAAUGGUUCGGUUUCUGAGCUUUGACAUCAUGCAUGUGUGUGCGGACUGCGGCGCAGGGAGGGUCGGCUCGGCGACGAUGGCGGAAGACCGCAGCUGGAUGUACACGGGCCGCCAGAGCAGGAAGAAGUUCACCCCCGAGUGGUUGGAGAAGACGAUCGAGUUCGUCGAGCGCGCCUUCCGCAUCCUCCCGCCGGGGCGCCAGGCCGUGCUGUGCCCCUGCGCUCGCUGCCAGUUCAGGCUGUACAGACCGAAGGACGAGAUUCAGCUGCAUCUGUUCAAGAACGGGUUCGCGCCAGGGUACACGGUGUGGGUGUACCACGGCGAGCGCCACAACCCCCAGCCUGCUAAGCCUAAGCCGUCCGACGACCACCCCGAAGACAAUGGCGGUCUCAACGGGAAGAAGGAUGGCGCCGGUGGCGACGAGCAAGCGUCCAAGCCGCAGGGGACCAAGAUGUGGGCGUGUGCAAGAGGCAAGCCACCAAAGAAGGAUCAACUGUGGGCGCGGGCUGCGGCGCAGGGAGAGGGAGGCCCGGCGACGACGGCGGAAGACCGCAGCUGGAUGUACACGGGCCGGCAGAGCAGGCAGUCCAUCACCCCGGAGUGGGCGGAGAAGACGACCGAGUUCGUGGAGCGCGCCUUCCGCGGCGUGCCGCCGGAGUUCGGCAUGCUGUGCCCCUGCGCGCGCUGCCGCAACCGCAACAGGCUGCCGAGGACCAAGUUCGACAUGACGAUGGAUCUGGGCAGGAACGGCUUCAUGCCAGGGUACACGGUGUGGGUGCACCACGGCGAGGGGCCCAACCCCCAGCCUGCCAAGCCGUCCGACGACCGCGGGGGGAAGGAUGGUCGCGCCGGCGGUGGCGAGCAAGUGUCGAAGCCGCAGGAGACUAAGGAGUGGGAGAUUUCCCUUCUUGAGGCGUAUGCAAGAGGCCGUCUACCAAAGGGGACUAGUCAAAUGGAGUGGAGCUACCAGAAAUACCUGUGGGAGCAAAAGAAAGCCAAGCUGCAACAGCAACAGCAACAGAGUGAACCAAAGGCAAAGAGGCUGGUGAGUUUACCUGUCUUAGUGCCAUUGCAGUGUCAAUACUCGGUAGAAAUCAACGGUGCUUGUCAGAAACAUUAUUUGAUGUGUGCACCUUAACUAGAGGAGCGCAAUGCUAGCCCUAAUUUUCCGCAACGGUCGCCCAACUUCAUGCUUUGCUCGCGCUGUAUGCAAUGGGCGGGCGGCCUAUCUGCUUGAAACAUGAAAUGCAACUUUGGGAAGAGCAGGUUGUUGCGUUGUUUCCUGUUAGUGAGACUCUGUUGCUAGCAAAUUCAGUACUGCCGAAUGCUGAUACAAGUAGAUGGUUUUAGAAUGAGUGUACUAGACAAUCUUCUUGAAUAAUGCUAGAGUAGUACA